AUGUCCCUGAAGCGUGGUGCACCAUUAAACCUCUCCCCCUCUUCGCCCACAAGCCCACCCCCACCGAAGCGCCAGCACCACAAACUCACACCAUCCCCCUCCUCCCCCGCUUCCUCCCAUACCCCGCCAAAACAGCCCCCCUCUGAACUCCCACCGUCGGUGCCCGCUCCUGAAGAAGAUGAAGAAGAUGACUACAUGAACAUGACAAUACCGGACCCAACCCCGACGGGACCAGAAUCCUACACAGAGCGUCUGAAGCGCAAGCAACGUGCCGCCGAACUCGCACAGCCAAAGUCCAAAACCGAGCUUGCACGCAUCGAGAAGCAGAAGCGCGACGAAGCACUCGCCAAAAGCCUUCUCUCGCACCAGAGCGCUGGUACGAACAAGGGUUUGAAAAUGAUGAAGAGGAUGGGCUUCACUCCCGGCAGUGGGCUCGGUAGGAAGCAGUGGGAUAAUGGCAUGGAUGAGGCGAGGUUAGAACCUAUCGGUGUUCACGUGAAGUCGGACCGUGGUGGGAUCGGUCUUGAGAAAGCUACUAGCGACAAGAUGAAGGAUGCUGCGGCUGGUUUUGGUGCUGAGCAGUUGAGUCCCGAGGAGUACAGAGAGCGAGUCAGGAUUGAAGCCGAGGAAGCAAGAAUGGAGGCCCAAUUCUGCGGUGCACAGAAGGUUUGCGAGAAGUUUGAGGAUACCGGGGAUGGUCUCGGGGGUAGCGCCCAGCGGAGUGUACCCUUGAAAAGCAUCAACGUCUUCUGGCGCGGCCUGGUUAAAGCUCGUGAGGAGAAGGAGCGCGCGAGGAAGAUGAAAUACGAGAUGUUGCAGAGUCUAGAUUCUCCCAGGUUACCGGGCUAUGAUAGGGACCAUGAACUGGACCAUGAAGACAAAGUGGCGCUCGGGAUUGCGCCCGGCAGGGUUCGCAAGUUAGGCAUGACGGUGGAGGAUGGAGCUGAGGACGAGAUUGAUGAAGAUGAGGAGUUGGCGGGGUUCGACGCCUUGGGGGUUAAAGAGAGAUUGGAGCGGAUCGUGGAGUAUCUGAGGAGCAAGCACAGGUACUGCUUCUGGUGCAAGUACCAAUAUCCUGAUGAGCAGAUGGAGGGGUGUCCAGGCCUCGAGGAGGAUCUGCACGGCUAGGAACCUUUUUUUUAUUAUACAGUGUACCGUAGUUUUACUUUGCAGUUUUGCUAGGGCGUUAUCAUAGAUCUUGUCAUCCCUACGCCAUUCAUUCAUUCAUGUACAGUACCGGUACCCUACAACAGUUGAAUUCCUAUUUCGGACCACAGCUAACUUAUCCCUUGCUGUGCUCUCCCACCCAACGUCAGUGGCUUUUACAGUGCCGUGCUUCGAGACACCAGCCUAUCUAUCCAUAGACAAUCAGUACUACUAGUAGCUAGCCCUUGGAGACGCUCCUCUUGCCCUCUCUCCCCGUUACCAGUAUUCAACGAAAUAAAUCACAAUGGGAAUUUACAACCCCCGGUCCAAUCAUCCGGAAAAACAGUCAUUUAAAAGGCUCUUUCUUUCUUUCUUAUUGUCCCAUUGUUGUCAUCAUUAUAAUAGAUAAUACCUGUAAGGUACGGACGGCAUCGUUCGUUCGUUCGUUCAUUCGUGUAUGUAUUAUAUGAUAGGUGGAAUGGAAUGGCAUGAGAACUUGACGGAU